UCCUUAACCACUACACCAAAGCACCGCGUGAAGGGAAAACUCGACGAAUCGGAAGCUUUCAAAAGCCGACGAAUUCAAUCCUUUUUUUGGAAAAAUCUAAUCGAAAGCGCAGCGCGCAGAGACGAUUCGAUCCGAUCCAGGCCAAACCUGAGAAGUUUCAGAUCGAUUUUCGACCGUUCGAUCCGGCGCCAUGAGUUUCCUCUUCGGCAAGCGGAAGACGCCCGCAGAACUUUUGCGGGAAAACAAGAGGAUGCUGGACAAAUCUAUUCGAGAGAUAGAGAGGGAGAGAGGAGCUCUCCAAGCACAAGAGAAGAAACUAAUUCUAGAGAUUAAGAAAAGUGCCAAGCAAGGGCAGAUGGGAGCUGUUAAAGUUAUGGCGAAAGACCUUGUUCGAACACGACAUCAGAUUGAAAAGUUCUACAAGCUCAAAUCUCAACUCCAGGGUGUAUCUCUUAGAAUUCAGACGUUGAAAUCCACACAAGCUAUGGGAGAGGCAAUGAAAGGAGUGACGAAGGCAAUGGGCCAGAUGAACAGGCAGAUGAACUUGCCAUCACUGCAGAAAAUUAUGCAAGAAUUUGAGAGGCAGAAUGAGAAGAUGGAAUUGACAACUGAGGUGAUGGGUGAUGCUAUUGAUGAUGCGCUGGAAGGAGAUGAGGAAGAGGAGGAAACCGACGAACUAGUGAGCCAGGUUCUUGAUGAGAUUGGAAUUAACGUCAACCAAGAGCUUGUUAAUGCACCAUCGGCUGCUGUUGCUGCACCAGCUGCGAAGAACAAAGUUCCGCAAGUGGAAACAGCAGCAGCUGGAGCUGAUGACGGUGGGAUAGAUAGUGAUUUACAGGCGAGGCUAGACAACUUAAGAAGGAUGUAGAUUUCAAUUUCUUGUAUAUUAUUGGCAGUGUGAGAGGUGAGAGGUCUUUUGUGCAUUGUAAUAUAUGUGAAAAUUUAUGCCGGAAUUUAUCGAAUCAAGAUUUGACACGCGGAUAUUUUAAUAAAAUUACAUUCGGUAAA